GAUAAAAAAGAAAACUUUCAGAUAACCUGAAAAUAAAAAGAAUCUUAAAGUUGCAUUUGCUUUGUAUCAGCGAAAUUGCAUGCGGAACGACUGCACAUCAUGUAACGAAAGCUUAAAAGAAAGAGUUAAAAUUGUUUACCAAGAAUUUUGGCAUUACUGUUGCAAUGGGAUAUGUUGUGAUUAUUCUCUGUUACAUAUUUAUCAAAAGCUUUGCCUACCAUCAGAUCGAAAAGGAUGACUAAACUGAACAUUCACUGAGUUGUAACAGGUUUUUAAAUACUAAUUUAUCAAAGACGCUGUGGAUUAAUUAAAUAUAAUUUUCAGAAGAUAUCCUGGACUGGAAGACAUGUCUCGAUGAAUUCCAGAUCCCUUGGAUUAAUCCUCAUUAGUAAAUUCAUCUGCAUGGCAAUGAGACUUAAGCGCUUAUUUUUCAUUUUGCUGGGAACUUCUGCAUUGUGUUUCUUGCUAUAUAGGUAUGUCUUGAAUGAUAAGAAUAGUUUAUGGAAAUCUGCUGAAAUUUUAGAAAUAAAAAGCAAUCCGGGUCUCUUGAUAGACACUCCAGGUUGUAAAUUGCCCAAACUGGAUCCGUAUGAUAGAACUCUGAAGAAACUUAUUGCUAACAAAGGAGAAUAUAGCUGUCCUGGCAAUCCCUCCUUCCUGAUUCUUAAGCCCAAUAGCACAAUAUUAUUGAAUGAAACAGUAUUAAAUAUUCAUUAUAAAUUGAAAUCAAAUGAUACUUCCUGCUGGUACCAAAAUAUACUGCGUCCGACAGAACCUCCAAAAAGCAAAAGAGAAAACUCGUAUUCUUUCGGUGAAAAGAAAAAACUUGAAUUCAGUGUCCCACUAGGCAUGGAUCAUAUCGUAGUAAAUUGUGAUUUAGCAGGAAAGCAAUUUACACAGUAUAUUCCUUUAGUGCCGAUUAAAAACGAAACUCAAACAGGAAGGUCUGAAAUAAACAGAAACACUUCUUCAGUAGACCUGAAUGUCAUUCUUUUUGGCAUCGAUUCGGUAUCGAAACUAAAUUUUUUGCGCCAAUUCAAAAAGACUCGCUUAUUUCUGGAGCAGCACCUCUCUCCCUUUGAGCUGAAGGGUUAUACGAAAGUCGGUGAUAACACGUUUCCAAAUUUAACACCAUUGCUCACUGGUCACUUUAUUGAAUACUACUGGAAUGAAUCUGUAAAAGACACAAUGGCUUUUGAUGACGUUGAUUUAAUUUGGAAAACGUUUUCAAGGAAAGGUUAUCGCACAUUCUACGCAGAAGACAGCCCCCUUUAUGGGACUUUUAACUACCUCAAAAGAGGAUUCAAACAACCACCUACUGAUUAUUAUUAUAGGCCACUAGCCUUAGCUAUUGAUGGAUCGGCCUUAAAGAAAAAAAGUAAGACUUACUGCAUCGGUUCACAGUUAGAGGUUGAUAUCCUGCACAAUUACUUACGAGAUUUCGUAAUUACUAUGCAUGACAGACCUUAUUUUGCAUUUUUGAUGGUUUCGACACUUACUCAUAAUUAUCUAAAUUUUGCUAGCUAUGCAGAUGAGCCAACCUUUAGACUUCUAAAAAAGCUUUGGGAAAUUGGUGCUUUUAAUGAAAGCCUUCUAAUACUUUUUAGUGACCAUGGAAUACGUUUUGGUGCUAUAAGGCAAACAUACAUAGGAAAAUUUGAAGAAAGAAUGCCAUUUAUAUAUGUCUACGUUCCGCCAAAGUUCCUUGAGAAAUAUCCGCAAUUCGCUAAGAAUCUCUGGAAUAAUCAAAAUCGUUUAACAACUCCAUUUGAUAUUCACGCUACAAUGGUUCAUUUGUUACAUCUUGAUCAAAAAAUGUCUCAGAAAGAAAGGCUUUCAAUUUCACCGAAUGGUUUGAGCCUUUUUUCAGAGAUAUCAGAGUAUAGAACUUGUGAGCAAGCGAAGAUUCUACCUCAUUGGUGCCCUUGUCAGGUAUAUGAAUACAAACCUAUAGACGACCCAUUAGUUGUAAAGGCAGCUGCUGCUAUAAUCGAAAAAAUCAACAGAUUGCUUCAGCCUUACCAAUUUUGCUCAGCAUUACAUAUUGACAAAAUUACUGAUGCCAGAUCAGGUAAGGCUAACGAAAAGGUGCUGCGAUUUGUGAAAAACGAACAUGACGUGCUUAAUCGACGCGUGAUAUAUGGAAACAAAGUUGCUGAAUUCAUUGACUAUCUAAUUACACUUACAGCUAAACCUGGUGGAGGAAGGUUUGAAGGAACUGUUCGAUAUGAUGCUCAGCAGAGUACAUUUAAUGUCUUAGGUAUCAGUCGAAUUAAUAUGUACGGGCAACAGUCAUGGUGCGUUGAUGUACAGGAUUUAAAGAAAUUCUGUUUCUGUAAAUUCUAGAAUCUUUUAGAAUAAAAAAUAUCAAUGGUUCGAAUAAAUGCACGUUUUCUUGUACCUGAGAAAUCAGUUGCAUUAUUUUCAGUUAAUAAUGUAAAUACAACAGUUUACGGCAGAAAGUUUUUGGAUAACCACUUUCAAUCCAAAUUUCUGUAUCAGUACGAUUCUUUACUAGCUUUAGCUUUUAAUUGCA